UUCCCAACACAACGCUUAUUAUAAGAAACUUUCAAGAACCUGCCUUGUUAUUAUAUUUACAAAAAGCACCAAUCUUGAACAAGAAACAAGAAGAAGAAGAAGAAGAAGAAGUUUUGUUUGUUCACUACACAUAUUAUCUUUUGGAGUGAAUUAUCUGAAGAGGAAGAAAUGGAAAGUGGAAUGGCUUAUGAGAAAGAUGAUCUGAUGAUCAACCUCAAGGCAACGGAGCUGAGAUUGGGUUUGCCAGGAACAGAAGAAGAAACCAACGAGGAUCAUCAUCAAGACCAAUCAUCACUUUCUUCUUCAGCUCUCAAAAACAGAAAACGACAUUCUCCGGAGAUCACUAGAGAAGAGAAAUCUGAUCAUGACGGAGAAGAAACUGCUCCUCCUGCCAAAGCACAGAUUGUGGGGUGGCCACCAAUCAGGUCAUACAGGAAGAACAGCCUUCAGCAGAUGAAGAAAAGUGAGGCUGCUGAGAUUUCUGGGAUGUUUGUCAAAGUCAGCAUGGAUGGAGCUCCUUAUCUUAGAAAGAUUGAUCUUAGGGUUUACAAAAACUACCCUGAGCUUUUAAAGGCCUUGGAAAACAUGUUCAAGUUCACAGUUGGUGAGUAUUCUGAGAGAGAAGGCUAUAAGGGAUCUGACUAUGUGCCAACUUAUGAGGACAAAGAUGGUGACUGGAUGCUUGUUGGAGAUGUUCCAUGGGAUAUGUUCAUGUCAUCAUGCAAGAGACUAAGAAUCAUGAGAGAAUCAGAAGCAAGAGGCUUGGGCUGGGGUGUAUGAAAACCACCCCACAAAAAGCAAAGGGAAACCCAAAAGAGCAGGAGAUCAAGAAAAACAUAAUUUUUUUGUUUUUUGGGUGGUCAAAGAGAAAAAUAUCAUUUCAUAGCUUGGGUUCUCCAAGAGAAGGAAAAAAAAAAAAAAAAGAAAAGGGGGGACUAAAAUGUGUAGACAAAAAGCAGGGAAAAAGUCUUAGUGAUGUUACAGCUUCUUUUAAGGGGGUAAAAAGUUUGACGAGUAAAAGAUGUGUUGUUAUUUGCACAUGAUCAAGUGAUGAAAAUCAAGAUCUUGUUUCCA